ACAAAGCCCCUACUUUGCCCAAGCUCUGGAAUAUGUAUUUACUUUCGGAGGUAUAUAAAUUAUAAAGGUUCAAGUAGAUAGUCUUUCAUUCUCCCACGUAGUUCGUCGGUCAAACCAACGAUUCUCUUCUCAAAGUAAUAGAAAGUAAUAGUGAGAUGCAAUGAAAGAACCAUCCCUUCCUUCCUGUCAGAUAGAAAGAAGAUUAGACCCUUCUUUACCACUUUAGGGGGUGGGGGAACAAGAGUUGUCACGAUAUAAAAUGAAAAUUCAUAAGUGACUAUAAGGAGCCAACGACUCUCUCUUCUUAAACAACCUAUAUCCUCCACACUUCAUCAGCAUUUGAUAGAUUAUCCAACCCCGAGCAAUCUUAGUUAUUGGUGGGGGUUCGGUUCGUUAGCUGGUAUUUGUUUAGUCAUUCAGAUAGUGACUGGCGUUUUUUUAGCUAUGCAUUACACACCUCAUGUGGAUCUAGCUUUCAACAGCGUAGAACACAUUAUGAGAGAUGUUGAAGGGGGCUGGUUGCUCCGUUAUAUGCAUGCUAAUGGGGCAAGUAUGUUUUUCAUUGUGGUUCACCUUCAUAUUUUUCGUGGUCUAUAUCAUGCGAGUUAUAGCAGUCCUAGGGAAUUUGUUUGGUGUCUCGGAGUUAUAAUCUUCCUAUUAAUGAUAGUGACAGCUUUUAUAGGAUAUGUACUACCUUGGGGUCAGAUGAGCUUUUGGGGAGCUACAGUAAUUACAAGCUUAGCUAGCGCCAUACCUGUAGUAGGAGAUACCAUAGUGACUUGGCUUUGGAGUGGGUUCUCCGUCGACAAUGCCACCUUAAAUCGUUUUUUUAGUCUUCAUCAUUUACUCCCCUUUAUUUUAGCAGGCGCCAGUCUUCUUCAUCUGGCCGCAUUGCAUCAAUAUGGAUCCAAUAAUCCAUUGGGUGUACAUUCAGAGAUGGAUAAAAUUGCUUCUUACCCUUAUUUUUAUGUAAAGGAUUUAGUAGGUUGGGUAGCUUUUGCUAUAUUUUUUUCCAUUUGGAUUUUUUAUGCUCCUAAUGUUUUGGGGCAUCCCGACAAUUAUAUACCUGCUAAUCCGAUGCCCACCCCGCCUCAUAUUGUGCCGGAAUGUAUGUAUGUACGUAGUUCAAGUUUUCGCCCGAUUCACCAAGGAAUAUUUUGGUUGCUUUUGGCGGAUUGCUUACUACUAGGUUGGAUCGGAUGUCAACCUGUGGAGGCACCAUUUGUUACUAUUGGACAAAUUUCUCCUUUUGUAUUCUUCUUGUUCUUUGCCAUAACGCCCAUUCUGGGACGAGUUGGAAGAGGAAUUCCUAAUUCUUACACGGAAAUAGUCAAAGAACAGAGAUUCGUUUCACUAUGUUACACUCAUUCGGAAAGCACGGACGAGCCACAUGCAGGGAAACUUGCACGUGUGGUUCUGGCCGGGGACCCCCCGAAACUAAUCGAGCUCCAUUUGAUCUCCCAGAAGCGGAAGCUGAAUCAGUUGCAGGCUAUAAUGUAGAAUAUGCGCGGGAUGCGAUCCUUAAUAGUUCACUUUUGGCGGAAGCCAAUGUCCCGGGAUCCCGGGGACUCAUUCUGACUGAAACAAGGGGCGGGUCUUUACCAACUUCCAAAUAUUCUAUAUAUUCUAUUUUAGGAACGUAGUCGCUAGAGAAUUCGUUGAACUAUGUUCAACUCAUUUGAAAGAGGUACGACCAAAGGGAGUUGGGUAAAGCAAACUCUCUCCUUGGAGGAGCACGGGCUUAGUCAAGUAGAACCGGGUUGCGCUGCUUGAUGUUCCGAUCGAAAACAAAUCAGUGGGGCCAUGCCGGUACGACUGAAUAUGCGUUAGAAAGCCCCUACGAAACCGGGCCGAACUUAUAACCCGCCCGCUUCCAUAGAACAAUAUCGUGGCAACGUAGACCUAAGUGGUAAUAUUGGAUCCUUGGGAACCAUCACAAGUACGGCCGGCCUAUAUUUGAACGAAAAUGCCGUGUCGUCCAGCGGAGCCUAGAAGAAGGUGACUCGCGCAGACAGCUGACUCCUUUUCAAUAGAAAAGAAUAGCCAAACCAACCCAGCUGGCUGGUCAAUCUCAGAGAUCUUAUCGGCCGGCAAACCGGAGACGGGCGACCACGGUCCCGACCUUACCAGCACCUGAGGUGUACUAAUC